AUGCGUCCCUCACCCCAGUUUCUCGCCGCGGUCUCGCGCAGCCAGCCUUCCAAGCUCAAAAAGCCUUCCAUUAGUCUAGACCAUUUUAUCCAGAGACAGCGAGUAUUGUCAUUAUGGCGGGAAAUCGUGCGAGCAUUAAUAAGUACAUACGCUUAUCCCAAUUCCCGGACCAUGCAUGGAUGGCCAGAGGUUCCUCCCUCAUCAACGCGGACUGAACUGCACAGAUAUGCGCGUGAUGAGUUCGAGCGCCAUCGCAAUGUAACGGAUGUGACAGGAAAAGCGGAAUUCGACACCAUGCGACGCUAUAUCGACGAACAGGUCGCUGGUUGA